UAUCAUCAUAGACCUUCAGAAAAAAUAAAAACACGUCUUGCUAGUCGCAUUUCGCACUAACCAAUAGAAAUUGCGAUAUGUUUAUUUAUUAUUAGGGUACUGGCCUGUUUCGCUACUACUAACUAGUCUGUCGUCAACUUAAAUGUUCGACGAGGUUCUAUUCGAGCAACGCCUUCGAGACUUUAACCCUGAGCCUUUAAUCACCCCAAUUGGCCCCCAAGACGAACCCUUAGAGCUCCACAUGGUGAUCGAAGACGAGAAAAACAUCGACUUAGCGAAAGCUAAUUAUUUAAACCUUUUGAAUAGCGAAGAAAUUAAGAAAAUUUCCGAAAAGACAAUCAAAGAAUUUGGUGUUGGAACUUGCGGUCCUCGGGCGUUUUACGGCACGACUGAAAUUCACCUUGAAUUGGAGGAACGUCUCGCUCGUUUCCUCCACAUGGAGGAGUCAAUCAUCUACUCGUAUGGUUUUGUGACGAUUUCCAGCGCUGUUGCCGCUUGUUGCAAACAAACCGACGUGGUUUUCGUCGACGAAUUCACCAAUGUUCCCAUUUGGCAAGGCCUGAAAGCGGCUCGAAGUCGCAUCAUAAAAUUUUCCCACAACGAUCCGUGUGAUUUUCACCAAAAGGCAUGCAGUGUGACCAACUGUCAUAAAUUUCUCAUCAUUGAGGGGGUUUCCUGGAAUACGGGGAAACUGUGCCCCCUCCCGGCGUUCCUACAAGUCGCCGAACGCUUCAAAAUACGCGUUUUUCUUGAAGAGAGCUACACGUUGGGGGUUUUUGGGGCGACUGGUCGUGGCUUAACCGAGUAUUACCGAAUCGAGCCUAGUCGAAUCGAUAUGAUUAUGGGUACUUUUGAGCGGGCUUUGGGGUCAAUUGGGGGGUUCUGUGCCGGAUCGUUUUCAAUAAUCAGUCAACAGCAAGUGGCUGGUUCGGGGUACAUUUUCUCGGCUUCACUUCCGACCUAUUUGGUUGAGGUUGUGCUCAAAGGAUUGGAGUUGAUGGGGGAUAAACCGGUCAAGUUUGCACGGUUGGCGGUCAAGUUUCAUCGGUUUUUGGAAGAGUGCGAGUUUGAGGUGGCGAGUCACCCUGAAGCCCCCUUUAAACUCGUCAAAUUAGCGACGAAAUGGAAGGCACAAUUAAUGCACGAGUUUUGCAGGGACAAAGGCGUGCAUUUUAUACGCAAUGAAAACGAAUUGGUCAUUAAUUUGAAUGUGUCCCUGAUGGACGAUGAAAACAAGUUGGGGAAGGUUUUUGAGGCAUUGAAAGAGGCAGCCGACUUAGUAAAUUAAAAUAAAAGUUUGUAAUUUUCAAAAUAAUAAAAAACCUACCUUUGGGGGAAACACA